AUGAACGCCAGUGGCCCCGGCUACCCGUUGGCCUCUCUCUACGUGGGGGACCUCCACCCUGACGUGACCGAAGCCAUGCUCUAUGAGAAGUUCUCACCUGCUGGGCCCAUCCUGUCCAUCCGGGUGUGUCGGGAUGUUGCCUCUCGCCGAUCUCUGGGCUAUGCCUACAUCAACUUCCAGCAGCCGGCAGAUGCUGAGCGAGCCCUGGACACCAUGAACUUCGAAGUGAUCAAGGGCCGACCUGUCCGAAUCAUGUGGUCCCAGCGAGACCCUGGGCUCAGGAAGUCAGGGGUUGGAAAUGUCUUUAUCAAGAAUCUGGAUGACUCCAUUGAUAACAAAGCCCUUUACGAUACAUUCUCGGCCUUUGGGAACAUCCUGUCCUGCAAGGUGGUUUGUGAUGAAAAUGGAUCCAGUGGCCAUGGAUUUGUACAUUUUGAGACACAAGAAGCUGCAACUCGGGCCAUCCAGACCAUGAAUGGGAUGCUCCUCAAUGACCGCAAAGUCUUUGUUGGCCACUUUAAAUCCCGCAAAGAGCGUGAGGCAGAGUUUGGGGCUCGGGCACUGGAGUUCACCAACGUCUACAUCAAAAACUUUGGGGAUGAUAUGGAUGAUAACAGACUGCGGGAAAUAUUCUCCAGGUUUGGAAAGACACUGAGCGUCAAAGUCAUGAUGGACAACACUGGCCGCUCCAGGGGCUUUGGGUUCGUGAACUUUGAGAAACAUGAAGAAGCCCAGAAGGCUGUGGCUGACAUGAAUGGAAAGGAGAUCAAUGGGCGGAUGGUGUACGUGGGCCGGGCGCAGAAGCGGCUGGAGCGGCAGAGUGAGCUGAAACGGAAAUUUGAGCAGAUGAAGCAGGAGCGAGUGAGCAGGUACCAGGGGGUCAACCUGUAUGUGAAGAACCUGGAUGAUGGGAUAGAUGACGAGCGGCUGAGGAAGGAAUUCUCUCCUUAUGGCACCAUCACCAGUGCCAAGGUGAUGACAGAGGGUGGCCACAGCAAAGGGUUUGGCUUUGUAUGUUUUUCCUCUCCAGAAGAGGCUACCAAGGCCGUGACAGAAAUGAAUGGACGGAUUGUUAGCACUAAGCCUCUCUACGUUGCACUCGCACAAAGGAAAGAGGAGAGGAAAGCAAUUCUCACCAACCAGUACAUGCAGCGGUUGGCCACCAUGAGGGCACUGCCUGGCCCUUUCCUUGGCUCCUUUCAGCCUCCCCCAGGGUAUUUCCUCCCCCCCAUCCCUCAGCCGCAAACCAGAGCUGCUUUCUACAGCCCCAGCCCAGUUGUCCCUGUCCGUCCUGCCACUCGCUGGAGUGCGCAGCCCUCCCGGCCUCCCUCAGCGUACCCUGCAGCCACCCCCAUCCUGAGGGCUGCUGUGCAGCCCCGGCGCCUGCUGACCAACAUUAGCACCACGAGACAGGCGUCCACCCAAGUGCCUCGUGUGCCCCCCCAGGCGCAGAGAGUGGCCAACAUAGGGACGCAGACGAUCAAUGCCCGGGUGCCCUCCUCGCCCACCAUGCGGGGUGUCCCGCAGUACAAGUACUCCCUGGCUGUGAGGAACAUCCAGCCCAUGGGCAGCGUGCCACCUGGAGUUCAGCAGGUGGUAGAACCUGCUGUGCAUAUCCAAGGGCAGGAGCCACUGACAGCAUCCGUGCUUGCAGCAGCCCCUCCACAGGAGCAGAAGCAAAUGAUAGGUGAACGGCUCUACCCCCUGAUCCAUGCAAUGCACUCCUCGUUGGCUGGCAAGAUCACAGGCAUGCUGCUGGAGAUUGACAAUUCAGAGCUGCUGCUUCUGCUGGAGUCCCCUGAAUCCUUGCACUCCAAGAUUGAGGAAGCAGUUGCCGUUCUCCAGGCACACCAGGCCACUGAGGUGUCACACAAGGGCAGCACAGCCCCGUUCCCACAGUGAGCCUGGGUAGGUGCAGAGCUGCUGCACGAGCUGCUGCCUGCUCAGGGUCUGUGGCUUGUGACUCUGAAGCCUGGGGAUUGGAUUUCUUGUCCAGACCAAGUGAAGCUUGAUGAACAGUUUUUUAUCAUGUGAUUCAUCCUCCAUUUUCCACACCUAACUGUACUGCAAAGGCACAAUUUCUGCACGUGGUGAUUUUUUUUUUUUCUGUGUGGUGCUUGUUUCUUUUAUUUCCUCACAUGUUUAUGGUAGUAACAACUGUACUAUCAGAAAGGAAGACAGGGAAGGAUCUUGCUUUUCUGUGUGUCCAGUGAAGGGCUGGUGUGGUCUCCCUAGGAUUUCCCCACUGUUGUUGUAGAACCUUAUGAGCAGAUAAGCUUUUAAAAUGUUGGAGCUGAAUGUGGGACAGAUUCGUUAGUAAGCAAUAAGGACUCUCACAUACCUCUUCGAAGAUGAUGUUUUCUUGACAUGUAAUCACCAGGAAACUGUGUGUGCUGUGUGUUAAUCCAAGCUCAGAGCUGAACUGUGAAUUGUUGUCUGGAUUAAAUUGUUCUCUAGCGGUUGAAAAUUCCGCUUGUGGGUUCUUUGUGUUUCUUGUAGAUUUCACGACUCAAAGUGAACCUUGAGAACAUUGCCUUUGGAGAACAGCAGCAGCUGCCUCACCUCACCUUGCUUUUAGAACUGUGCCCUCACACUGACCCUGUUUUGCCUUCAGUUCCCCAUCCUGCUUUUUGUGUGUACUGUGUACGUUGCAGAACCCCUUCCUCCUUGCAUCACUGUAGAAGUUGAUUCUCUUCUUUUCUGAAAGCAUCUUGUGAAAUGUAAUGUGGAACUCGGUCUGACUCAGUCACCCAGGAAAUGACAAGUGCAGAUGAAUCAUCACUUCAGUGAA